AUGAACGCAGGGCGGCAGGUGAGAAAUGUACACCAAGUUCGCUUAUGUGCAGGCGCCAGCAGCAGGAUCACCGGUACAAGGAUCACCAUGCAGCGUUCAGCAAGAUCAAGGAGGUGCUGUGCCCAAAUAUCUGUUGGAACGAAGAAACAGAAGAAAUAUAUUUUGGGAUGUGCAUGUGGCUGCUGCUGCUUGCUUCUUUCUCUCUCGCUGCUUCUGUUCAUGGUCGGCUGGGGCUUGGUGUCGAUGACAACCUGCAAUCAAGAGCAAGACCCAAACUGGACACCCGUGCAGUUCCCCAGAUACAACAGUUGUGGUGGCUGCAGAGGGGGCUACAAGACAGACGAGGAGCUGUCGGAGUGCGUGACACCUUGCUACAACUUGACUUUGGUGAAGAGCUGGGAGAGAUUCAAUGAAGAGAAUGGCUUCAAGCUCGUUUACUUUUUGUCUCGACCUGGUCCUGGUGACAAGCCACCAGUAAAUAUAAGUGCGUGGUGGCUACCUGCCCCAGUCAAAGGAGGUAAACUCGCACCACGUGUAGUGGUGAUGCAUGGUCUUGCCAGCAACAACAAUCACUGCGGCGUGCAGAUGACUUGCUUUCAUUUGCGGAGUUUGGGAUAUAGCUGCCUGACACCCUCCGCACGAGAUUUUGGCUUGUCUGGGGCCUCAACUCAUCCAGACAUUGUGACCUGGGGCUUUGACUACCAUUUGGACCUGCUGGGGGCCUGGGACUAUGCUGUUGAAGACCCCGAUGGUGUUCUUGGUGGCGCGCUGCCGGAUGAAAAGGUGGGGCUCAUGGGUUUCUCAAAGGGAGCCUAUGCGGCUGGGAUCGCCAUGGGUUUGGAGCCACGAAUCUCCUCCGCUUGGCUGGAUUCAGCGCCCCUCCAUGGAUUGCAUGGCAGCAUCAUCGGUACAAUACAGCCUUAUGUGGGUCGCUUUUUGGCGCCCAUUUUGGCCCUGCCAGUCUUUUGGGGCGCCCAGUUCUUCUCUGGAAACACAGUUGAUAGCUUCGAUCUGCUGAAGCUACUGAGCGAACAAUGCCCUCGACAACGGCGCUUGAUGCUAUCUCAGAGCAGCAUUGACAAUGUGGUGCCGAUCGAAGAGACUGAGUUUGGGGCGACCGUUUUGUCAGGGAUGCUGAAUUGCUACCUGGUCUUCGGCUACACACCGCCUGAGUACUGUAAUGGAGCCCGACAUCACCAGGAGAUGUGGGAAUUUCCCGACGACAUGCGACAGGAGCUGUGCCGCUUUUGGAGCCGUGCUUUCAAGGAGGAGGAGCGUUCGUGCCAUUUGACCUCUUUGCCAUCCUUUCAAAUCUGGUCACCUUACAAAGAUCUUCCUCCGGGAAGCCCUGAGUUGGUGUGA